CUGAUGUGUUUUACAUUCAUCAUGAGCUUGUCAGAAAAUUAUUAGUUCCACAAAGGGUGCCUGAGCCUGAGGCAGUGCAGGACUCCUAUAAAAGGCAGCCCAAUGCUCUGCUCUCUCAUCCACUUCUCUCACCUCCUUCUCCUUGGGCAUCAGGUGAACAUCAGUCCCAGAGACAUGUCCUGCUGCAACCCGUGUCUGCCCUGCCAGCCCUGUGGCCCAACCCCACUGGCCAACAGCUGCAAUGAGCCCUGUGUCAGGCAGUGCCAGAACUCCACUGUUGUCAUUGAGCCCUCCCCAGUGGUGGUGACCCUGCCUGGCCCCAUCCUCAGCUCCUUCCCACAGAACACCGUUGUGGGCUCCUCCACCUCCGCUGCUGUUGGCAGCAUCCUCAGCUGUGAGGGAGUUCCCAUCAACUCUGGGGGCUUUGACCUCUCCUGCAUUACCAGCCGCUACUGUGGCAACAGAUGCCGACCCUGCUAAAGCUGACGGUGAUAUCAUCGGGCAAGAACCUUGCAAGACUUUGGAACGUGGUCCUUGAAAUGAGAUAGAGCUUCAUGGCAUUGCAUUCAGAGCUUUGAAUCAGUUUCCUUCUUCCACUCUUCUCUUUCUCUCUCUCACUUUCCUCUGCUCUUCCUGUCUCCCAAAACCAGCCUAGUGGGACCCUCCUUCUACAGGGCAGGCAGACUGUCUCUAUGCUGGAGCUUAACGACAUCCUUGUGGCUGCCUAUGGUUCUCCACGUAAGCCACCUCCUUUUCUUCUUAAGACUCAUUAAAGUUAUGCUGAAUUCAA